CAUCCCUGCACUAUCCUUGUAAUCUAGGUACAGCUGACAAAUAUAACUGAACAAUGAAGGCUGAUGCUAGUCAGAUGAAAGCACUGUAUGAAGCCAAUGGCUAUCUGACUGCGAUCCAUGUACUGGGUGAGAAGGAAAUGGAACAGGCCAGCAAAGAGUAUGGAAAACUGGAACAAAAGUUUGGUAAGUUCUCAUUCAUAUUUUUGUUGAGCAUGAUGGGAGUUGUAGUUCCUGGAGAAUCUGUAGUAUAUUUUGUACAAAUUAAACAUAAAACCAUUAAUGACAUUUGUACUAUAGGUGCGUAUGAGUGAAAUAAAGGUGAAUAUUAUGAUGCAGAAUCUACUGGUGAUACUUUAUUCACUAAACCCUGAAUUCUAAUGAACUAAAGAAACCAAAUGAUAAUAUAGGCUCCACUAAUGGGCACAAAAAAUAUAACUUAAUAUUACAAAUUAUGAUAUUUAAAUAUAUAUAUAAUAGUAUCAUUCAUAUGUUCCCCAGAGAAGUAGCAUACAUAUUAUAUAUAAAUAUUUUUUAAAAAAUGUUUUAAUGAAUAUAAACCUUCAUUUGUUCCCCAGGCAAGGAGUACACUCAGUACAACCUGCACAACAUCCACAUGGAGCAUGAGUGGGUGAUGAAUUUGGCUUCCCAUCCCAACCUGCUGCAAGCGAUCACUGCUGUCCUGGGUCCUAAUGUAAUUCUGCUGGACUCCAGGUUUAUCUGUAAAUAUCCUUCCUCUGACGUUCCCCAUAAAGAAAACAUAGCGCCCUACGUGGCCUGGCACCAGGACAUCAAGUAAGUAAAAGACAGAUAGUAUUCAUAUGAAUUUACUAAAAUUAGGGAGCCAUUUAUAGCAUGGUUUAUAGCAUGGCACACCUUGAUUUGUGAUCUGUCUACAGAUACUGGGGGUUUGAAGGCGGUCCAGUGGCUUCAGUGUGGCUGGCAUUUGAUGACGUGGAUGCAGAAAAUGGAGUCCUUCAAAUUAUCCCUGGUACAGUGUUUACUUAUUCUAUCAAACGUGAUACAUGUAUUAUUCUGUCUUUCUAUAUUUCCGUUUAUCUGCCUUUCUAUAUUUCUGUCUGUCUACAUAUCCAUCUUAUUAAGAGUUGCAUUAGACAAUACAUUUUAAAAAUCUGCAGUUUUUGAAAGUCAUGGGAUUAACUAAAAUUAGAAUACACAAUAAAAUGCACUUACAAAGUUAUAGAUAAGGGAUAAAAUAUUGUAAUAGUAUGUGAGCUUUUAAAGAAAGAACUACAAAUUGCUAUUAUUUUGUAUUUGAUGAUACAUUGUAUCUUUCCAUAGGGAGCCAUAAACAAGGUGUUCUAGAGCACAAAAUUGCAGAGACUCCAGGGAACAUGCUGACAGCCAAUCAAGAAAUCCCGAAAAACCUGGUGAAUGCGGAAGAUGCGGUGGAGUGUCCUCUUAAAGCUGGACAAAUGUCGGUAAGUAAAUCAACCAAAUGAAUAUCAGAAAAUCUUGACAGGAUUACUUUUUAACAAUUAAUGGAAUUAUUUUUAGUAAUAAUUUCCAAGGACAAUUAAUUAUUUUUUAAAAUUAAUUUAGAGUAUAUAUAUCCUUGUAGAGUUAGUGAGGGACUCAGUCACAUUUCAGUAGUUUGAGCUCAAGUAAUUAUGAAAGUAAUUAUGAAAUUAUGUAAUCACUGCAUUUGUUCACAUUAACGAAAUUCCAAGUUAAGGAGUCUUUGGUAUGUUAGGCCUUUCCAGUGGAACCAUCAGUGUUACGUAUAAUUCCAGGGCACUACAAAAUAUUCAUGUAGUUUUGUUUAAUAUUUUCCAGGUGCAUGAUGGGUUAACAGUUCAUGCCAGUGAACCCAAUAUGUCAAACCGGAGAAGAUGUGGAUUUGUGAUUCGCUAUGUUCCCACCGCUGCUUAUCCUGUUGAGGUGAGAAAUUAAAACGCCAUCUUUUCAGAAGUGUAAUGCAAUGUAUAUAACCCCACUAAUUUAUUGGAAACAACUGUUUACUAAAUGAACAAUCUGAAUUUAUUACAGGAUCCCGAACGCCCCAGAACAUUCCCGGCAACUGUGCUCAUGGCUGGAAUGGAUGAGUUUCAGAACUUUGAAAACAACGCUCCCAACUUUUUUACCAAGACUUUUUAGCUGAAGAAGGAAGGAAUAGGGCUUAAAUUAUUUUUUUUAGUAAAUUAAAUUAUUUAUAUAGUAACCAUUUAUGUAAAAAAAUCAAGUAAGAUAAAUUAUAGCACAUGAC